GAGCCCCAGUAGGUACACAUGUAGUGUGACUUAGCAGUACGGUGCCUUUAGUGGCAGCUUUGUACCCCUCCCUCAUCUAGGCUACCAUUAUGCGCUAGCGACAGAUCAAUCAUGGAUAUAAUCCACAGCUGCUGCCCCUCUCGAUCACCCAUGAUUUUACCACCAUAAUCUCACCAACCGUACUACUACCAUUCGGUCAAAUGGCACCCACCAUCCUCUUCGUCCCGGGUUUCUGGGAGGGGCCCAAAGUCUUCACUCCCGUAUGCGAUCUCCUGCAGGCUGAUGGUUUCAAGACGGAAGUCUGCACAUUACCCAGCACGGGCACCACCUCGCCCGGAAACCCGGCUAUGACCGAUGAUAUAGCCGCCGUGCGCGACCAUCUGACGAGCAUCGUGCGCCGCGGGGAAGAUGUUAUUCUCGUAUUGCAUUCGGCCGGUGGAUUUUUAGGUAGCGCUGCCAUGGAAGGCCUGAGCAAGUCGGCUGUCGGACAGGGUGGAGUCGUCAAGAUUGUCUUCUUGGCUGCGGCGGUUUUUCCGGAAGGUCAUGAACACGAGGAUUUGCCAUUUGCUGUUGUUGAGGGAGGUGCGAUGUACUGCGUCGAUCCUGAGGUGCUGCUUCUCAACGACGUUACUGAGCAAGAGAAGACAAAAUGGCUGGCUAUGCUUGCCCCCCAGCCGGCCGAUGGUUGGAAUGGCAGGGUGCCCUACGCUGGGUGGAAGGAUGUGCCCAGCGUGUACCUUGUCUCUGAGGGUGAUAAUGCUCUUCCAGCGGGCCUCCAAGAGCAACUAGCUAACCUGGCGGGGAGCAAGAUCGAGCGGUGCAGUGCUGGCCACAUGCCUCAGCUCAGUCAGCCAUCGCGGGUGGCAGAGGUUAUACGUGCUGCUGCGGCGACCAUUUGAUGGCAGCGAAAAUCAGAGCAUGAGUGUGACGAAGAAUAAGAUAUAUGGAGCAAGAUCGAGGUGAUGAGACACUGUGUAUCUGAAGCGCAAAAUGACGUGGAAAAGAAGGAAAUGGUAUAUGAUGUGAACAUUUACGAGCAAGUUACAUAGUAUUGUACAGUUAUUCAGAAUCAUCCGACUCAACCCCUCGGCCAUUGAUGGCGAGUAGCUGGACAUCGCUGCACAUCUGUGAGUCAAGAAAAGCCUUGGUUUGGGGUAGGAACUUACAAGACGAGGGUCGAAUUGCCUGGAAUAAACGGAGGAGCUCCCCUGGAAACAACAUCAGCGCAAAUUCCAAAUCUUUGGGAUAGAAUGAAACUUACCUCUCGCCAUAUCCAAAGUGACUGUCAUACAUAUGGAAUGGUUAGUAGUGGACACGUUGAAAGGAGAUAGCCAUUGUGAAUAAGACAUACGGGCCGAAUGUAAGAUAGGCUCUUUCAC